UCAUUUAAAACCAAUUUUUGCGUGCCUCCGCUUUUCUCUCCGCUUACUAUGUUUGCUUCGUGUGAAAUUGGCCUGGUUAUAACAGAGUUUGACAUUUGUUUCUUGGUAUGUAUUAUCCUUUUCGCAAUAUUCACAUUUCCCUUUGGUUUACUAUUCCUGUGCUGCAUUCCUUGUACGAUUCAUAAGCGAUGCAGCAGUUGUCGUCGUGUUGUUUGA